GUUAUCACAGUGGUAAGCUAGAUGCUCAUGGGAAGCCUGCAACCUGAACACACCACCUCUUGCCCCUUCUGCAGCUUCCAGCAAUGGGUGUUUAGAAGCACACUCCCUCUGACAGUGGGGAGAGAACAUGGCCUUAUCUUCCAUGAAUUUUGUCGAAUCCUCUUUGAAAGCCACCCAAGUUGGUGGCCAUUUUUGCCUCUAGUGGGAGCAAAUUGCAUAGUUUGUGUGCUGUAUGAGGAAGCACUUUCUUUUGCCUGUCUUAAAUCCACCAUCUUCACUGAAAGGCCAUGUGAGAGGGAGAAAAACUUCCUUUCUACUUUCUUCAUGCCAUGCAUUAUUUUAUUGACCUCUGUCAGGUCUCCUCUUAACUUUUCUCCAAACAAUAAGCCUCAAAUCUUGUAACCUUUCUCCACUCCCUUGACAAUUUUGGUUGCCCGUUUCUGAACCUUUUUCUAGCUCAACGAUAUCCUAUUUGAUGUGAGGCGACCAGAACUAGGCACACUAUUCCAAGUGCAGUUGCUCCAUGGAUUUGUAGAACGACGACGUGAUAAUCAGCAGUUUUGUUUUUAAAUUUCUUUCCAAAGGAUUGCUAGCCUGGAACUGGCCUUUUCAAAGCUGUUGCUUUGAAGAGGCCAUUCCUUGGGUUCUCUUUGCACACCCAGCCUUCUGAAGCAGUCCUGGUGUAAGUGUGCAAUGUACCUGGGGUGAAUGCUAGGGCCCACCACUGACAAUCACAACUCCCACAGCUCAGCUGGGCUACAGGGAGGAUUAGGGCAGGAAGUUGGGUGCUGCAAUGGUGUGUAGAGUGGAGUCGAGCCCCUAUAGGGCACACUUAAAUCACCAGCACCAUACUGGCCCCUCUCCUGAAACGGGGGAGCAUAAUUAAAAUGGGAAAUGGAGUUGGAUAAAAUGGCUAUGCUGUGGUGAUUCAGGGGUUGAAUCUGAAAUCAAGCUUAGAUGUAAGCUUGUUGGUGUCUCUGGUAUCUUCUCUCACAUCGUGGAUGUUGGCUUUUGUGGCGGAUGCAUGCUCUAUAUUAUUUAAUUAAUACUAUUGCCACAAGUUUGCCAUGUAGAGCAAAGAACUUGGAUAACUAAGAUGGCAGCCUCAGUGAGUUUAGAUGCCAUUCUGUGCUGCUCAUCACCUCUGGGAGGCCAUAAGGGACUUAGAUGGCAGCCCAGUGGCAACACUGAGCGAAAAUACAGUCUCACGGGCCUGUAUUGCUGGCGCCAUUAGACCUUGUCAUAAGCACAUCUGGGGCACAGCAAUAUAAUUAAAAUGGCGGCACCUGUGAGUACAGGUCCUGCACAUAGGCACAGAGGUCUGCUUGAUGCCAAGCAAGGAGCCUGCCCACCAACUACACACUUUACACACUAGCUUUCCUGUUUAGUGUGGAUGUGUAUACACACAGAGAUUAGAUGGGGGGGUGUAUACAUACAUACACAAACACACACACUUUUGAGCUGUAAAACAGAAUAGGACAUUCCCAGGUGGUUUCCCCUUCCUUGGGAACUCUGGGAAUUGUAGGCCUGUGAGGAGAAUAAGGGUCUCCUCACAACUCUCAGCACCCUUAACGAAUUACAGUCCACAAGAUUAAUUGGGGAAAGCCAUGGCUUUUUAAAAAGUGGUAUUAUACUGACCCAAACGUUCAGGUGUGAAUGUGGUAAAGUGUUGGGACUGUAGAAUCUGGGCCGGGACUUCAGCUCACCCACAAGGCUCACUAGAGCUGCUGCAUUGAGAUGUGGGGUUUGUUGUUAAGUUUUCCUGGUAAUAACGUUGGCACUUCUGCCUUGAUUUCUAAAGCUUUCUUUUACACUGCAGUGCCUGUUACAUUACAGAGCUGUGGCCAUUUAGAAUUUUAAAUUGUGGAAAAGAACUGUGUGCCCCAAUGGUUGUCACCAUGAAAUUACAAUGCAACACUCGAACACAAAACUUUCCGAGCUAAUAGGAUUGCAAACACAUUUGCUUUCUGGAAACAACACUCAAAUUCAUGCUAAAUUUCCACUAAGUCCCACCAGGUUUCCAGAAGAGCCUUUUAUGUCCUGUGAGAGAUCCCACAACACAGAGAAAAGAUCAGAAAAUUCCCUUAUUCCAGCGCCAUUUCCUGCUGCUAUCCUGGAUUGUUAGAUAUCCCGUAGACUGUCCCCGGGACAGGAAAAGCUGUGCUCAGAUGAAAUGAGCAGCGACCGUGAAGAAAACGAAAUGUGGUCCGAGCUUCUGGCUACACCAGCAACCAAGUUAAUGCAAGCGCAAGAAAGGGCAGAAAGGUUUGCAGAAGAAAAAGAGGCACAUAAAGCCUGCAGGGAACUGGUUCAAUGUACAGCUCUGGCGAGAAUUGUCUAUGGAAAUGGGCACUGGAAGUUGGCAGAGGCACUCGCUAAUCUUGCUCAUGGUUACCUUACCCUUCAAGGUCUUCCCAUUCAGGCUUUGCACCAUUCAAAUGCAGCCAAAUGCACCAUAUUUGCAGGUGGAGGCGCCCCUCCAGCAUCUUCAGACGAAAAAGGAGAGUUUCUGAGCACGCUUGUGACAAUCUACUAUACUUUGGGUGCAUCUUAUUUGAUGCAGAAAAAUGGCAAAGAAUCCUACUGCAAUCUGCAGAAAGCUGAAAGGAUUAUGGAAGAACUGAGAGGGACGGAUUGGAGAGGGACCCAGGCUCCUGAACUUAAAGUAUCUGAGAGAGAGCUUCUUGCAGCGCUGGGCAGGGCAAGUUUGCAGCAAAACAAGUUAGAGUUGGCAGCCAGGCAUUUUGAGAAGGCAAUUGAUGCUGUAAUUUCAGCCAAAGGAGAGAUGUCUCCAGAACUGAUAAACCUCUAUCAGAAGAUAGCCCAAACUGAGCAAGCAAAGGGAAACCAUGAAAAAUCCAUGGGGUAUUUGUUACAGGCCCACUCCAUGUCACUAGCUCUGUACAAGAAACCCAGUGCCGAAGUUGCCUCAACAGCAUGGUUACUGGGGAAGGCUUAUGCUGCAACUGGAGAAGAAAAGCAUGCAGAGGCUGCUGAAAUGUACUUCCGUGAGAGUCUUGAGGCCUACAAGUCAGCACUGGGGACGAACCAUUCUCGGACAAUCAGUGCCCUAGAAGACUUCAGUAAAUGGCUUGGGCGAGUAGGGAAAAGAAAGCAGGCCUAUGACUUACUCAAAGAGUCAUUUAUAUCUCAGUCUGAUCCCUGCAGUGAUUUUAAUGAACAAGCAAUUGAAAGAUUGUAUAUUAUGGGCUGCAUCUGCCUAGCAGAGAUGAAGAUAAGGGAGGCCUUUCAGCUGCUCAGUAAGUGUGAACAGAUCCAGGUUGCUAUCUAUGGCUCCCGUCACAGGAAAUCAAAAAAGAUACGAGAGCUCCUGGACAUGCUGAAGAUGGUUCCUGCUGUACAUGAAGGGACCAACAACAUGAAACAGAAGAGAGAGACACUGCUAUGCUGCUCAAUCCCUGAUCUCUAGACAAACGGCAAGACCUAGUCACUGGAAACAAGGAAAUAUAUCCCUAAUGCACCGUGAGAAAAGCAAGGCUGCAACACUCAGGUUAUUAGGUAAUUAUGUCAUAGCCUGUAGCCCAAUUGUGAAUAUUAACUGUACAUGGAAAGAUGCUUUGCCCUGGUGCUGCUUUUAGAUGGAAUGGGCAUUCAGAGAGCCCUAGCACAAGAAAAUGAUCCAGGUCCUCCAAGCAUAGUCCUAUAUCUGCAUUUUUUGAUGUUCCUUCUUCCUGCCCACAACCGUGAAGGAAUACAGGGGGGAUAUAUGAAGGACAGUUUUGCAGAUUUCUGGGGACACUGUUUCCCCGACAUCAAGUAAGGUUGUGACCAGGAACCCAAUGAAUUAAUGUGUAACAUGUGAAUAGGAGGGAAAUCAAGGCCCAAAUGUAUAGUCCCGUACUAGAUCCAGAAAUAUUGCCUAUUGGCAUAAAUAUUGUCAAGCAUGCCUCCUUGUUUCUAGGUCCCAUCCAAUGUAAGCCCCAGCCAGCAUGGUCAAUGGUCAGGGAUAAUGGGAGCUGUAAUCCAGCAAGAUCUGAAAGGCCAGAGGUUGGGGGAAGCAGCUGUACACCUCCCAGAAAUUGCCAGCUUCUGAUCCCCUGCCCAACUUCCACAGGGCACAUAAAAUAUACUUAGGGUAACGAUUAGGAAAAGUUGCAUUCCUCUGUGAUAAGUACUGUUUCCAAUGAAAGACAUCAGAAUGGUCAUUCUAUAUUUCUUGCCAAAAAAGCUUCACCAUACACAAUGACUCUUUCCAAACAUGCCAAGAGGCCAAAUAGUCCAUUGCAAUAGAUUUUGCCUCUAAAACAGAGGUAAGUAAAUCUCACAACUGGUUGUCCAAGCUUUCAUUCAUUGUUUUACAGCUGAGCAUCCAAUAUGGCUUUUCAUAAAGGGGGAACAAAAUAA